AUGUCGAGGAGUUGGAAACACACUCUGGCCCCUGCUCCAGACAAACCUCAUCACCCGGGAAGAUACCCUUUAGCCAGGACGAAAAAAGCAACGACAGCCUGUGAGGCCUGUCAGAAGCGAAAGUCAAAAUGCGUCGGAGACGAACCCUGUGAACCAUGUCGAAAAGCAAAAACAGAAUGCAAAGUCAAUGCCGACAACGAUGGUCGUCGUCGCAUAACCCUCAAACGCAAGAUCGAAUCCUUAGAAUUGGACCGCGAUCUGCUAGUGCGACUAGUGGAAGCUAUCCGCAAUGACGAUGACCACCAGACCCCCGACGUACUCAACCUGAUCCGCAGUAAUGCGCCCCUAGAAGAGAUCCGACUCUGUCUAGCCGACGGCCAGAGUGAACGGCGAGGCAGUCACCCCAAGAUGUCUAGACCCUCGCCCACACGAUAUAUGAACGUGAACCGAAUUGCAGAUAUACCCUUAUUCCAGGUGCCCGCGCAUCCAUGGACGUCGAUUACUCAGGAUGAUGCUUUUGUCUCGCAUCUCAUAUCUCUGUACUUCACCUGGCAGCAUUCGAGCCUGAACUGGAUCGAUCGGGACUUGUUCCUGGCGGAUAUGCACUCUGGUAGAUUGGAUUCCCGGUUCUGUUCACCUUUGCUUGUCAAUAGCAUGCUGGCCAUUGCCUGUAUCUACUCCGAUUACCCGGAAUCCUUUGCUGUGCCCGGCAAAGACAGACAAGGCUGGCAAUACCUCGUAGAGAUCUCAGACUGCGUCCGCCAAGUUCUACACAAACGAGAAAAGAUGAUCGCCGAGGCCAACGAACAAGGUGAACAAAUGGCCAGAUCAAUUGACACCGCCGUCUUCGGCUUGUUCAGUUUGAAUCCAGCCGCCACCCUGUCAUUCCAAACACCGUCAAUAAUCAAAGUCCCGAAGAAUCUCAAUCGAUUUCCAGAAAACCAUGAUCCAAAGGAUACAUGGAUCCCCUACCCCCGGCAAGCCGAGCCCGUCCCAGCGCAUACAAACUGUCUCCUAAACGGCCAACUGGAGUUAGCACUAGUCGCCUGGGAAAUCUCCGAUUACCUCUUCGGCGACGAGAAACCCCAAAUCGUCGAUCUCUCGCGAAUAGACCAUUUCCACAGUCUCUUCGAAAAAGCCGCAGCAAAUCUACCAGAAUGUAUCCGUCUAGGAAACACCCCAACCCCCGGCGCAAUGGACCUCCACCCUAAGCCCAACCUAACCAAAAACCACCCCAACUCCAGCAUGCGCUACUACCACACAAUUCUAGUAAUGUACGGCUUCAUCGUCCCAACCCUAACAGACGCCCCCUUACACACACAAACCCGAAUAAAAACCCUCCUAAUGACCUCCGCACACCAAAUCGGCACACUCCUAAACCUUUUCCGCUCGAACUGGCCAAUCGAAUGCAUCCCUUUAGCCAGCAUGCAAUACGCAACCAUAGCCCUCUUCACCCUCCUCGACGACAUGAGCGACGAGAAGAACAAAGCCGUCUUCGUGGAAAUACUCAUCACCCUGCGCGCUCUAGCUCGCCGUUGGCAAUUCGCAAAGGGCAUGUUGCGUCUCGUGCAGCUUACGGCGAUUAAACAGGAGAUUGGCUUGCCGCGGGAUACGAUGGUUUUGUUGAAGAAUUUUGAGGACGAGCUUUGGAAGACGGGGGAGCCGGAACGGUUUAGUAGUCUUUAUCCUAAUUUUGCGUUGUCGGUUAGGCAGCGUGGGUGUACGGGGAUCCUGGAUGAGGUUGAGAUGGAUCGGUUUUUGGAUGAGUGGGAUGUUCUUAGUGUUUCUGGCAUGGCGUCGGAGGAUGGGGAUAGGAGUAGUAAGGGACUUGGGAGGGGAGGGAGUACGGAUAGUUAUGAGAGUACGUAG